AUGCGUUCCACUUACCUUUUCUUGUCUGUGGCAGCUCAAUUGGCCUCGGCCUUUGUCAUUCCGGAUGAGAGUAUCCUUGCAGACAUAGUCUCUGAGACUCGCCAACCCGUGAAUGAUCAGUUGGCUAAAGCAGAUGUUGAUAUGAGUCUACUGGGUAUCUCUCAUAACGAACAUAGAGGCCCGGGAAGACAUGGGGACUGGCGUGAUGAUGAUGAAUAUCCUAGACAUGGUGAUUGGCCCGGACACGGAGACUGGAGAAGACAUGGAGACUGGCCUGAUGACGAUGAAUGUCCUGAGCACGGUGAUUGGCCCGGAUAUGACGAAGAUCCACAUGGGAGAUGGCCCGGUGACGAACACCCUGGGUAUGGAAGAAGACCCGGAUACGGCGGAUGGCCUGGACAAGGAGAUGAUCGCGAAGACAGAUACCGACGAAUUGAUGCUUGUCCAGGCCCGCUCUGUCGCAAAGACAGAACAACGUGGGAACUCAUCAAAGAAUGCGAGCAUACAUCCCGACUCGCCGAGCUCAUUGCCGACGAUAAAGCCCUGAUCGAGAUCCUUAACAGCACGACAGGAAACCACACCUUCUUCGCGCCGACGAACCAUGUUCUAGAGAAACUUCCACGAGAGCGAAAUGGCCCCAGUUCCAAGUUUAUGUCUAGUUUGUUGCGGUAUCAUAUCCUGCCUGGCCGAUUUUCCAUCCACCAUGUAGCGGGCCAUCAGACGCUAGCGACAAAGCUUGAAGAGCCAGCUCUAGGAUUCAAUCUGCCACAAAGGAUCGCUGUAAGACAGCACCAUGACGGAGUGGUGUUGAACGGGAAAAGCAGGGUUGUGGGAGCUGAUAUGAAAACCAAAAAUGGCAUAAUCCAUAUAAUAACCAGCCCCCUGCACCCACCCCCAGAGACACGCACAAUGCUGCACCAUUCACCGGCCCACUUCAGCACCUUCACGCUGGCGCUAGCACACACGAAACUCACCUACAACCUCGACCCGGCGCAACGAAAGGGCGGUACGACCUUCGUACCCACGAACGCUGCCUUUAGACGACUUGGGGAGCAUGUUAAUCGAUUCCUUUUCUCGGCGCAGGGUGAGGGGUGUUUGCGUGCGCUGAUGCAGUAUCACAUUGUGCCGAAUCGGACGCUGUACUCGGAUGUGUUGUAUAGUAAUGGGAAGGCUCAGGGGUUGUUUUCUAGUCAUGGGAAUGGGCAUGGACAUGGGCACAAGUGUGAGAACGGGUGUGUGGAUGGACCAGAGGAAGACUCUGUGAAUGUGCGGCUUGUGACUCUACUGAAGGAGAGGGAUUUGGGGAUUGAUAUUAAGAGGGGGUUUGGUGAAGUUGGCAUGCGAGUUAAUGGCUUUGGUAGGGUUGAAAGAUUGGAUUUGUUGGCGAGGGAUGGGGUGGUGCAUGUGUUGGAUCGAGUGUUGGUUCCACCGAGUAAGAUACAGAUCAAAGUUAUAUUUGAAGGUGAAAAUGAGGAAGAACUGAUGAUCGAGGACCUUGUGGGAAGGUUGGAUGGUUGUGUCUAUGAAGGGACUCACGGUGAACUGUGA